AGUGUUCGCACACUAAACCGCAUACACAAAUUCUCCUUUCUUAAAUCAAAUUAAAUUGCAAAAUUCGAAAAAAUUAGCGCGAUUGAUAAAAAAAAUUAUAUCCUCGAAAAACCAAACGAUUUAACAACUUUUUCAACCUCCACUUGAGUAUCAAAUACUACAAUAAAAAAUGGCUAAAUUCCAAAUUUUCGUGCUAUGCGCCGUGCUCGCUUUCAUCGCCUGCAUCGAAGCUGAGCCCCAGCAACGUGGUCAACGCGUUUACUACCGUCCGGCAGCUGCGCGUUACCAGCGUCCACGCACCCGCUAUCUAGCACGUCAAGUGGAAGCCGAUGCCGCACCCGAGGCACCAGCUGUCACCCCUUACCCCUCUGCCGAUGAGCUGAAACCAGCUGUGCCCUUCGAUGAAGGUGCACCUGCCACCAACAUUCCCGACGAGGUGUACGGCCCACCGGAAGCUAACCAGCCCGAUGAAGUGUACGGACCACCAGAUGUUUUCGGCAAUGAAUUGCCCGCUGACGCUGCCCCCGUCGAUGAUGUGCCCGCUGCCGACCCAGCUGCCGAAACCUUCCCCGCUCCUUUGGACGAACAACAAGCGCGCCUGGUUGCUGCUCGUCGCGCCGCUGCGCUGCGCCAACGUCAACGCAAAGCGGCGGCUUACCGCCAAUCCUUGACUGCCCGUGCUGCCGCGCGCCCACUCAAAUACAAGGCUGUUGCCCAGCGCCGCCAUUGAGUUGCAGGUAUGCGCUUGAGUGUGAGUACUGCAGAAGUGCCGCAGAAAGUUGUAAAUUUUUGUAAAAAUAAGAAAAUUUGACAAACCUUUUAUGCUUAAUACAAAAAAACAAAAAACCACCAAAAAAUAAAAUUAAAGUGUGCUCCCACUGUAAUAAACUAGUAUGUAUGUAUGUAUGUGUGUAAAAUUAGCUAAAGCUGUGCUUGUAGCGCAGCGCACCAAAAAAUAUAUAAAAGGAAUCUACAAACAAGGACACCACCCAGCCGACACAACGAUGACAUCACAAAUUUUGUAACAUUUAUUUGUAUUUGUAAAUUUAAUCUUGUUAACUGUCUAAUGAAAAAAAAAGUUUUCUUGCAAAAAAA